AUUAUGCAAACACUUAGCACUUACACUAUUUAUUUUAUGUAAUUAAUGGUUUUCAUUUACCAAAAGGUCUUCUGUAAACAAAUUGUCCAAUCAAUUUAAUUUAUUUGCCUGUUACUAAAAAUAAACACCACAAUUUGUAAUUCAUCAUAACGUAAAAAUACAUUUCCAUCAUAAACUCUAGUUUUAUUCGUUUAAAUUAUGGCGAAUGCGCUGCUCAGUCAAUUUCACUUCCAGGCCCCCACAAAUGUAUAUUUUCAUCUUGAUAAUCCCGUUGCUGAUUCACUGCUACAUCGAAAUAAAAAAUCGACGUGCCACAAAAAUGCUGGAAAACCUGCGACAACCCAUGAAACUUCCGUUCAUAGGAACGACUUAUAAAUAUUUUAAUAAGAAUUUGCAUGUGGGGUUGCAAAAUGUGAUUGAAGAAAUUGGGCUGCCGAAUGUUACGUGGGUGUGUUCGACUCCCAGUUACACAACGAAAGACGUUGAAGAAGUUAAAACAAUACUCAACAAUUGUUUGGACAAAAGUAGCCAUUACAAAUGUCUAAACUUUGCUUUUAAAAAUUCGUUGCUUUUAGCUCCAGUGGAUGAAUGGAAGAGGAACAGGAAAAUUCUGGCUAAGGCGUUUUGCCAAAACAUUCUGGACGACUACGUACCAAUUUUCAAUGACAAAAGUCUAAUUUUAUUAAACGUUUUAAACAAUAAACGAGAGGAAACAAACAUGUACGACAUAUUCCAAAGUUUGGCCAUGGAUUGUUUCUUACAAACCACCAUGGGUCUAGACUACCAAAUCCAGCAAAAUAAAAACGACAAAUACGUCAAUAUUCUCACGGACAUGCAACAAAUUGCGAUAAGACGAAUUUGCAAUCCAAUCAUGUAUUCAGAUUUUAUCUUUGAAUAUUUUGGUGAAGGCAGCGUUUUAAAACAAUUCUAUCGCGAUUUGCGGGAAUUUGUGCUUGAUAUUAUCGAAAAGAGAAAAAAACAAAUUCAAGACGACGAUGGCUGGGUAAAAAAGGCUUUAAUCGACAUACUAUUGACACAAAAUGAAAAAGAACUAUUCACAGACGAACACAUCGUUUAUGAAAUACUUCUUUUCUGGUCGGCAGCCUCUGACACAACGGGGGCAGCUCUGGCAAACGCUUGCACUUUACUCGGCAUGCACCCAGAAAUCCAAAAAAAGCUACACGAGGAAAUAUUGAACAAUGUACGAACGGACAAACCCAUCGAACAUUCAGACCUAAAAAACCUGAGGUACACCGAAAUGGUGCUGAACGAAACCAUGAGGAUCAUGCCUGUCGUACCGCUGGUUGCAAGAACUGCUACUGAGGACCUAAAACUGGGGGAUAAAACAAUACCUAAAGGCACCGACCUGGCGGUGUCGGUGUUUAAUGUUCACAGGGAUGAACGGUACUACAAACAACCCGAUAAGUUUGUGCCUGAACGAUUUAGCCAAGAGGAGGUGGCGAAGAGGCCCCAGCAUUGUUUCGUACCGUUCUCAGCUGGACCACGAAACUGCAUAGGUUGGAAAUACGCUAUGAUGUUAAUGAAGACGGCUCUUGCAAACGUGGUAUUAAACUUCGAGAUGUCAUCCAAGCACAAAUCGGUCGACGAGUUGAAAUUAGAGUCGGAUAUUAUAUUGAGAACGAAAAUACCUUUGGAUUGUACUUUUAAACCAAGAAAAAAUUAAACACGUUUACGCAA